ACUUGCAUAUGCUUCAUCUCUCAAUCACCAAAAACAACACAAUUUCAAAGACUUUCUUGUGAAAUGGCAAGCUUGGCAUUUCUUCUUCCUGGGGGCUUCAUUUUUCUUUCCUUCUUUUUCGUUUCAGCCGAUGCAGCCACAAAAUUUUACCAAUUUAAUAUACAAGUGAAUAAUGUUAGCAGGCUGUGCCAUGCAAAACCGAUUGUAACAGUGAAUGGCAGGUUCCCAGGGCCUACUGUUUAUGCUAGAGAAGGUGACAGUGUUCAGAUCAAUGUCACAAAUCAUGCUCAAUAUAACAUAUCCAUUCAUUGGCAUGGAUUGAAGCAGUUUCGUAAUGGUUGGGCGGAUGGACCGGCUUAUAUAACUCAGUGUCCGAUCCAGAGUGGUAGUAGCUACAUGUAUAGCUUCAAUGUAACAGGACAAAGGGGGACAUUAUGGUGGCAUGCACAUAUUCUUUGGCUCAGAGCUACUGUUUACGGUGCAAUUGUCAUUAUGCCGAAGCCUGGAACUCCAUAUCCCUUCCCAAGGCCAGCUAGCGAAGAGACUUUGGUAUUUGGUGAAUGGUGGCAUGCAGAUGUGGAAGAGGUUGUCAAGCAAGGAAACAGUUUGGGAUUGCCUCCAAAUAUGUCAGACGCGCAUACAAUUAAUGGGAAGCCGGGGCCUCUCUUUCCAUGUUCCGAGAAACAUACUUUUGCCAUGGAGGUUGAACAAGGGAAGACGUAUCUGUUGAGGAUUAUUAAUGCAGCCCUCAACGACGAGCUUUUCUUUGCCAUUGCUGGUCACAAUUUGACAGUAGUGGAGAUUGAUGCAGUCUACACAAAACCCUUCAUGACUUCUGCUAUACUAAUUGCACCUGGUCAGACCACAAAUGUUCUGGUUCACGCAAACCAGAUGCCAGGUCGGUACUUCAUGGCUGUUAGGCCUUUUAUAGAUGCCCCAAUUCCGAUAGACAAUAAGACAGCAACUUCCAUAUUCCAGUACAAAGGAAUCCCUAACUCUGUCCUCCCCACACUCCCUCACUUGCCUUCACCUAAUGACACAACAUUCGCUUUGAGUUACAACCGAAAGCUCAAGAGCCUAAACACUCCAACAUUUCCAGCAAUUGUACCCUUGAAAGUGGACAGGAACCUGUUUUUCACAGUCGGUUUGGGGAUGAAUCCCUGUCCAUCAUGUGUCAAUGGAACGCGACUAACUGCUUCACUGAACAACAUCACAUUCGUGAUGCCAGAGAUCGGACUCCUUGAAGCUCAUUACUUCAAUACCAAAGGAGUAUUCAGAACUGAUUUCCCCGACAAGCCUCCAACUCCAUUCAAUUAUACCGGAGCACCACUCACAGCCAAUCUCGGGACAACAAAAGGAACCAGGCUUGUCAAACUAGCUUUCAAUUCCACAGUCGAAUUAGUGAUACAGGAUACCAAUCUGCUGACAGUUGAGUCACAUCCAUUCCAUCUCCACGGCUACAACUUCUUUGUCGUUGGGACCGGGAUUGGAAAUUUUGAUCCUAACAAGGAUCCAGCCAAAUAUAACUUGAUUGAUCCUCCUGAGAGAAACACAGUGGGAGUUCCUACUGGUGGCUGGACUGCUAUAAGAUUCACAGCUAAUAAUCCAGGAGUGUGGUUCUUCCACUGUCAUUUGGAGCUUCAUACAGGCUGGGGAUUGAAAACAGCUUUUGUCGUAGAAAAUGGAAAACAGGCAGAUCAAACAGUUCUUCCACCACCCAAAGAUCUUCCACAGUGCUAACAUAUAUUUUUAUCAGACUUGCAUCGCCUUCAAUUAAUCAAAAUGGCGUGUGAUCGUAUCUUUGUCAAGAUUCGAAUUUCAACAAGCUGCGGCAAAUCAUCCGCAUUCAAUCAAAAACAGUGUUAUCAUUCUUUUAAUUGUUUAUCAUAAUGAACAAUAUAUUUAAUUUU